UUAUUUAAUUAAGCCCCCUUGGAUAUGGCGUUGAAUGUUUCUUCAGUCAGAGACACGAAAUGGCUAACUCUAGAAGUCUGUCGACAGUUUCAGCGGGGAAAUUGUUCACGUAGUGAUGAGGAAUGCAAAUUUGCUCAUCCUCCAAAGAGCUGCCAAGUUGAAAAUGGAAGAGUCAUUGCCUGCUUUGACUCACUGAAGGGUCGAUGUUCACGAGAAAACUGCAAAUAUCUCCAUCCACCUUCGCACUUAAAAACCCAGCUGGAGAUAAAUGGGCGUAACAAUCUUAUCCAGCAGAAGACAGCAGCAGCUAUGCUUGCACAACAGGUGCAGCUAAUGAUCCCUGGACACAGUCUGCAGCCUGUCCCGACUUUUUCAGUAACCCAGGGACUUGGGUCAAAUGCCGCUCUUGGUUAUGCACCGUACAUUACUCCUUUGAGCCAUGGAAUGAGCCUCGUUCCCACAGAGAUGUUCCCCAACACUUCACUUAUUGUCUCUGGGACUCCGCCAGUCACAAUCCAGAGCACAUCCACCUCCUCCUCCUCUUCUUCUUCUUCUUCGUCUCCCACACAGAAGCUACAACGCACAGAUAAACUGGAGGUGUGCCGUGAGUUUCUGCGGGGAAACUGUGCUAGAGGCGAGACAGAUUGUCGCUUCGCUCACCCCAGUGACAGCCCAAUGAUUGACACCAUUGAUAACACUGUCACAGUUUGCAUGGACUACAUCAAAAGUCGCUGCUCCAGGGAGAAGUGCAAGUAUUUUCACCCACCUGCACACUUACAGGCCAAAAUCAAAGCCAGUCAACAGCAAGUCAAUCAGACAGCCACGGCAGCCCAGGCCUCUGCUGCCGCCAUGACUCAGUCGACUGCCAAAGCAAUGAAGCGACCCCUCGAGGCAACUAUAGAUCUGCCCUUUCCCCACAGUAUUCUGCAACCUUUACCAAAGAGACAAGCUCUUGAGAAGAGCAGUGGGCCCAGCUCUCUCCUGAACCCCACCUUUUUGCACUACCAACAAGCGCUGGCCAACACGCAGCUGCACCCAGCCACAGCGGCAUUCUUUCCCACAAGUUCCAUCUUGUGCAUGACUCCUGCUACCAAUGUGGUCCCCAUGAUGUACAGUGCUACGCCUGCUACUGUUUCGGCAGCAUCUACUCCCGCCACAAGUGUCCCCUAUGCAGCAACAGCACCAGCCAAUCAGAUCAUCCUAAAGUAACCAGCAGAAAGAGAAGUCCAUGCCAGGUCGCUGCUGUUAAACUGCCCAAACAGCUUCUCUGUAAAUACAACAUUAGCCGUCUUCAACAAGCUGCAUGCUGAUCAGAUUACUGAGGAAACCUUAUACCUGAAAUCACAAAACUCACAAAUGUGUCACAGUAUGUAUGAAUACACGCCUUUGCACCUGAAUGAACUUGCAAUCCUUUGAAAUGUAUUUUUCCAGAAAUGACUGUACAUCUGAUAUCGUACUGAAUUGUUUCAAACUCCUCUAAAGCACUUAGGUUUUCACCUCUACAUUAUAAAAACACAAUACAACAGACAGGCAUGGAGACGUUUCUUCGAAAUGUCACUGAUUAGAUUUUAUUUGCUUCUUACUGAAUCAGUGCUCCACCUCCUGGUGUGCCUUUGUAUUCCAUAUAUAGUUACUUUUAUUUCUUCAAGUUGUGACAAACCCAGUUUAAGUCUGUUAUUUUUCCAUUAUUAGCAUGACCGAGUGUGCAAAGUGGACGUUGACUCAUGGAGUAUGUUUAACCUGUGUUUACUUUUGGUUUAGUUCUGUUUUUAUAGAGAUAAAGCAGACCAUGUUUAUUAGAAAAGCCAUGAAAGUACACCCAUAAGAGAGGUGAAAUUAGUACUGGUGGCAACCAAAUCUUCUUGUGAACCUGUGAGGUUUCUUAAAUAGUCUGUGAACUAUUAGUCUCGAUGUGACUCUCAGUACUAUUUUAUAUGAAUGUUAGACGUGCCUAAAUUGUGCAAACUCUUAAUGUAAGACUAUUUAAAAACCUUUGUGUGAAAAUGACUCAACUAAAUGCAGUGUAACUCCAUCACACCUGGAAGCAUCGACACUUUAGCAGUGGACGCAUAUGGAUUAAGAUGUUGAACGGGUUUUCGGUGAUGCUUCAAUGUGUUACGUAAUACAUUUUUUAUUUUCUCACAUUUAAGAUGAUGAUGUCAUUUCCAAUGUAGGUUCUUAAUAUUUUUACCGCACAGAAAUGACACUUUACGUAAUUGUCAAGUCAAAUUAUUGGAAGUAGCCAUGUUAGUGUUAAUGUGUGUGUGUGGUCGGGGCCGCGUUAUGCAACUGAAAACUCAUAUAGGCGUCGACACUUCAGAUUAUAGUUUGACUCUUGAAUUAAAAAUAGUAGACACACAUUUACAGAGUGCUGUGCAAAAGUUUCAGGCACCGCAGAACUCAUUUGAGGGUUUCUCCCCCAAUCUCCAUUAGUGAGUCAGCAGAAAAUUUGAUUUGAAAUAUCCAUACAUGCUAGUUACAAUAAAAGACUUUCACAGAGCGAGCAGGACUCACACAAGUCGGCAAUAUUUCAGGUGAAGAUUUCAAAGAAUUUCUGCAUGUACAGGGGGAUUUUUUUUUUUUACUAUGAAACCCAAACUGCAUGCAACUGUAAAAGUUAAACAUUAACAGAUUUCUACAUUAUGGUGCCUUUAAAAAAUUUUCAAGUAACAGUCAUUUUCAAAUUUAUAUAAAAAAAAAACUUUAAAAAAUGCUUGACAUUUUGAAACAAAAAAAGUGCCUGAAACAUUUGCACAGCACUGGAUGUCUGGUUAAGUUGAGGGGAAAAAAGUGAUUUCCAGUAAAAGUCUGUUUUUAUUUCUGUUCUUUAAACUGUGUACAGUACAGUACUUUUCAUUUUAUGUUUCCGUUGUCUUUUUAAGAGACUGAAAUUCUUUCUGAUUAAAAAAAGUGUACUGUAGACAUAGGUGUUUUUAUACAGACAAUCCACCCAGUUUUUUGUUUGUUUUUUUGCUUUGCCACAUUUUUUUGCCACCAUAUGUUGUAUUUUUUAAUAUAAAAUGUUGCAUCAAUAUUGGACAGAAUAUUUUAAAAAGUAGUUAUAUAACUAAUUAGCUGCAAGCGCAUUUAAAAUCUCUUUUUUUAAUGAAUGUAAUUUAUUCAAGCAACUUAUAGGCUCUGUAGAGGAUUCCUCAAAGGGUCUCGAGCUGUUGUUUUAGCCUUUGAAAACCCGUCUAUUCCAGGUUAUGAAUGUUAUAGAGUAAAGAAAAGCUUAAACAUUUCAUCUUUGUCAAUGCCUUGUAAGCUGGAAGGAACACCCACCCUCUGCCCAGCGAGGACAGAGAAUUAAUUUUUUUUAUGUUAAUUAUGUACUGUAUCGACCACAUUUUACAAAAUGUAUGUGUCAUCAUUAUAAAUGUUGUAAUUGUUUUGUUUGAAGAAAUGACUAUUUAAAACUGUUUUGUAGGUGAUUUUAGUUGUUUUCCUCCUCUUUCUAACAUUACUCUGUACCCGUAUGUCUUUUGUAUACCAUG